CACUGUAACACAAUCUAAUCAAAGUUUUGUCAACACAAUACACAAUUGCUAUUUUACCCAAUUUUGUGCAAUUUAAAAUAUCAAACUCAGUUUGAAUUUCAUGUAACUGUAAACCGUAAACACGAAAAAAACUUUAAAAAAAUUAAUUUGAGAGUUUUCAAAACUGCAUGAUGGAUCUCGCGAGAUUUUAUUCAGCAAUACCCAUCCCCCACCGUUCCCUGAUUUUCGCGGGCGCGCUCAAUUACUUGCCAUUCUGCUAAAGUUUUCAUGAGGAGACUUCGCUGUCAGUGUAUUCAAGUUGAACUCAGCUAUACUUAUCCCCCACACCUCCUUGAAUCUCACAGCGCGCCAUCACUCUGCCAUUCUGCUGCAAUUCACUGUCAGUGUGUUCAAGAAAGCUAUGGAGCAUUCUCAGAGGACAAAAAGGAGGAAAAUAGCUGCGAAAGUUGCUGAGCAUUUUCGUGUUGUUUCACAACAAUUUGAACAACCACUAGAUUUCAAUUUGCAAUCUGAACCAUUGGAGGAUUCUGUCUAUUAUGACUGUGUCGAACAUGUAGCAGAGGAUGAAGUAAAUGAAUAUCCCAGAGACAUGUUUUAUGAUGCUUUGGACAAUAACUUCUUUUACAAUGAUUUUGACAAUGGGAUGUCUGAUGAUUCCAGUAACUUUGACCUGGACUCUGAAUGUUCUGAUUCAGAAGAUUCAGCUUCUGGCAGACUAGAUGACACAAAUGGUCUUGCAGACUGGGCUGCAGAAUACAACAUUUCUCAAAAUGCAUUGUCUGCUCUUCUGAAAAUUCUCAGAAAGAAAGGCCUUAAAGUGCCAUUGGAUGCUAGAACCAUAAUGUCCACAGACCGCAAAUGUGAUGUUAAAAAUGUAGCAGGAGGAUCAUAUUAUCAUUUUGGAAUAAAAAAUUCAGUUCUAGCAGAAUUGUCAUCUUUAGAUUUCAAUCUGACAGAUCUAACUGACACUCUAACAAUUAGAGUAAAUAUUGAUGGUCUUCCAUUAUUCCGCAGCAACAAUGUAAGUCUGUGGCCUAUUUUGGGUAGGAUUAAGGAGAUCCCAAAUUCAAACGUUUUUAUGAUUGGCUUAUACUCAGGUGUGACAAAACCAUCAAAUGUGCAAGAGUAUUUAAAUGAAUUUAUUCAAGAUGUUAAAGUUGUUGUUCAAGAGGGUCUUCAUUAUAAUGAUGUACAUUUCACAGUUGCUGCUCCUGAUGCAUUUAUAUGUGAUGCUCCAGCACGUGCAUUCCUCAAAUGUGUAAAGGGCCACACUGGGUACUACGCAUGUGAACGCUGCACUCAAAAAGGUGUCCAUGUAAAUAGGAGAAUGUCUUUUCCUGAGUUGUCUGCAGAGAUAAGGACUGAUCAGACAUUUAGGGAAAUGGGCUAUAAAGAGCACCAAGGAGGAGUUUCACCACUGUCUGAGCUAGGUGUGGGAUUAGUUACAAGUUUUGUCCUUGAUUAUAUGCACCUUGUGUGUUUGGGGGCGAUGCGCCAGUUAAUUUAUCUUUGGUUAAAAGGGCCUUUGAAAUGCAGGCAGUCCGUUCAAAAUCUCACCACUAUUUCAGCAUACAUGGCUUCUGUCAGACAGUAUUUACCAAGGAAUUUUGCUAGGAAACCAAGGUCUCUCCUUGAAAUUAGCAUGUGGAAGGCAACUGAAUUGAGGCAGUUUUUGCUUUAUACGGGUCCUGUUGUUCUUCUUAAACAUAUUCCCAAUACAAUGUAUAGAAACUUUCUACUUUUGUCUGUAUCUAUACGAAUUCUUCUUAGUCCUGAUUUGUGUACUGAAAACUGCGACUAUGCUGAAGAUAUUUUGAAACUUUUUGUCCAAGAUUUUGGCUUGAUUUACGGCAUUGAAUUUGUUGGAUACAACAUCCAUUCAUUGAUACACAUUGCCCAAGAUGCACGUAACUUUGGUCCGUUGGAUAACAUUUCCUGCUUCCCAUUCGAAACAUAUUUAGGUAAACUUAAAAAGAUGGUACGGAGGCCCCAAAAUCCUGUCCAGCAAAUUGUCAGGCGCAUCCAUGAGAAACAGAAAGUGGCGAAACAGAAGAAAAUGUCUAUUUACUCACCCCUCAAACAGCUCCAUUUCUCUGGACCAGUGACUGAUGAACUUGGAACAUGCCAGCAGUACAGGCAGUACAAUGAUGGACAGACAUUAAUUUCUUGCUGUAAAGGCGAUAACUGUUUUUCCUUAAGGGGAAAAAUUCUCAUUGUGAGAAAUAUUUUGCUUUCUUCUUGUAAAACUGUCAAGGUACUCUGUCACUUCUUUGAAAACUAUGAAACUUUUUUCAGCUACCCAAUUGACUCGGCAUGCCUUGGAAUUUACUAUGUUUCAAAUUUAUCCAAAGACUUGCAUGUGGUAUCCAUUGAGGAACUAAGGAGAAAAAUAGUGCUCUUGCCAUUUAAAUCUGGAUAUGUGGCAUUGCCACAGCUGCACUAGCCUGCUUGUUUUCAUUUUUUCAGCAUGCUACAAUUCGCAGUUGUGGAUUUUUUGGAUGGUGGAGGUGUAGCAAUUGUUCCUUGCAAAUGGUUUACUGGACCAGAAGAAGAUGCUUGUUACUGGCCACCAGGGCGAAUGAACAUCACCAAGGCAGUAAAGGAAGAACUUGUUCCAGACUCUGACUGGCCGAAGUUUAAAGUGCGUGUUUUGGGAAAAGCAGGAAACUAUGCCCACGCCACAGCAAAACUUUUGAUGUCUGAGGCAACCUCAGACUUGCAGACUGAGUCUGAUUCUGGAAGAAAGUUGGGAAAAGGGAAGCGCAAAAAAAGGGCAGUAUGUCUGUCAAGCUCAGAUGAGGAUAGUGCUGGACAGGAUCAUGCAUCUAGUGGGCCUUUAUCUUCCCCAAUUCCAAACAACCUCCAACCAAAGGCUCCCCACUCACUCAAGACCCGUCCAUUUAUCCAACCCCCUCCACUUUCAGCUCCUUUAAUGUCUGUUACUUCAGAACGACCCAGUACAAUUCUUCAAGAUCCCAGUUCUGUAGUUCGAGAUCAGCAUUUACCUCCCCGAGUGCCAGAGAACCGCCAACCGGAGACUCCCCACUUACACAGGGCCCAUCCAUGUAUUCAGCCCUCUCCACCUUCAACACCUUUAAUGGCAGUUACACCAGAGCACCCCAGUAGAGUUCUGCAAGGUGCUAGUCCUUCAUUUAGAGAUAGCAUGUUUGCCCGGGUCUUAACUGUCCUGGAGGAAAUAAAGGAGACGCAGAAGGUCCAUGGGAGGAUGCUACAAUCACUUCUCACACAACGGGAUGCAACUACAGUUAGAGCUGCUCUUCCAGAGGACAUCGUUUUCCCCCUGAGGACAGUCUCGGAUGUUGAUGCAAUGGAGCAGAAAUUGUCAGACCCCACCUUUCUCAACCAAGUUGGUUGCUGUGGUGGCAGAUAUUGGAGGGAGUACUGUGGAUGAAGCCAUAAGAAGGAUGAUGGCUUUUCUUUUAGAUCCUGCUCUAUCUAGGCAGUAUAACUUUGUUGGCCGCCAUGGAAAGCGAGAGUUUGGGAGGCUCAAACUGUUUGAGGUGGUAUAUGGAAGUUUGAAAAAAAAUGCCCUAACGAAUACAACAACAAGAAGAGAGGCAGAGAAGGCAGUGUCCAAGUGGCUAAUCGGUGCCAGGGACAGGGGAGGUUAUCGCACUGCCAGGGCACGAGUUGGACAACAAGAUGGGGCCGUUGGUACAGUAACAACAGAGGAGUGAGGAGCUGCCCUAAUGUUGUUUUGUUUGUAUUGUUCUAUGCAGUUAAUAAGUUGAAGUUAAUUAAACUUUUUAAAGAGUUAAUUAAAGGGUUGCUCCACAAAAAAAGAAAAAUUUGUCAUAAAUUACUUUUCCUCAUGUCGUUCCACACCUGCAAGAUCUUUGUUCAUCUUCAAAACAGAAAUUAAGAUAUUUUUUAUGAGAUCAGUAGGCUUCAUUUGUGUUCUGAAGAUGAUUGAAGCUCUUAUGGGUUUGAAACGACAUGAGGGUGAGUAAUUAAUGACAAAAAAAAUAAUUUUAGGAUGAACCCUGUAAGUUUAACUUUUCUUUUUUUUCAAUUUUUAAUGUUGUGUUUUAUAAAGUUUUAAAUGUAAUUUUAAGUCAAGAUCAAAUUGUUAAUAAAUUGUAAAAGUAAA